GCACACACACACAAUCUCUAAAGUUAACAACUUAUCAUGUCUUAAAAGCAAGCAAAUCAGUCUGUUAUGGUACCUUAAAAGCAAGAAACCAGCAUUCUCGUUACGCAAAAGAAGCGAUUUACUCCAAGGUACACAUAAACAAGAUAAUAAUAACUAAAUAAAUAAACUUUCCAUGAAUCUGCCCUUAUUGUUUUUAACAAACGGCUGGGUAAUUACACUAAUUAAUCUAAAUUACGGGGAAUUCGAACUUUGGGUGCGGAGUGUGGACUGGAGCAGACUGCUUUAACCAACUUGACCGCCUUAACCAUCCUUAUUAUAUUACUGGAUGUUCCAACAAAAUUUAAGAGACUUCUUGGAAGGUUAAUUUAUGGGCAAACAACUUUUAAGUUCAACAGGAUUCAGUAGGCAGUCUUAAUUUUUGUGUGUUUAUGAUGUUAUAUGUUUUUUAAUUUUUUUUGUUAAACAAAGGAAAUUCAUGGCAUGGUAGUUGAGGGUUCUUAUGGGGUGUUUAUCUUGCAGGUUGAAGGUUGGUUUGAAUCUGGUAAUUCUCUUUGUUUUCAUUUGGUACUGUUUGGUGUAAAGUGAAUUUUUUAUUUUUAUUUUUUGAGUGGUGUGGAAGAAACCAUGACUCUAUUUUUUUACUGCACUCUUCUGCAAUCUUUUGGUGCACUAUAAAAAAUGUAACCCAAAUUUUGGUUGAGUCAGAUUGGUUGGGAUUCUGAGAUUGGAAAGUGCUUUUUCUUUGGAAAAUGGCUGAUGUUGAUAGUUUUGAGAAUCUUAAAGCUGCACAGAAAUUGUUGAAGGCUAGUAUGGAGCAAUCUACGGCUCUUUCUUCGGAAAUCGAUGAAGCUUCAUCAAGGUUGGAUGGCAUGAAGCAGAGAUUGUCAUCUUUGGAAGCUGCAAUUAGGCCGGCUGCGACGCAAAAGUGUGGAUAUUUUGCAAUGAGGGACCAAAUAAAUGGUGCCAUCGGUACUGCAUCUGCUGUUCUCAAAGUGUAUGAUGUUGUUCGGGAGCUUGAGAAUUCGCUCUCUUUCAAAUCAUGUUCUGAUCUCCCCGCUUAUCUUUCGGUCAUGAAAAGGCUUGAAGAAGCGUUGAGGUUUCUUGCUGGCAAUUGUGGGCUGGCCAUUCAGUGGCUGCAGGACAUUGUUGAGUUUCUGGAAGGCGACACAUUUGCCAAUGAUCAAAGCUUCUUGAAUUUGAAGAAAGCUGUGAGAAUACUAUGGGUGUUGCGUGCAAUCAAGGGUUACGCUCGCCUUGAUGGAGGGGUUCUCAAUGCUGCAUUCAAUAAGCUGGAAACGGAAUUUGAAAGUUUAUUAAUGGAGAAAAAUGCUGCAACCUGCAUUGCUUCAUCUCCAUUACUCGUGCCGGUAGUUCAAAAGCUUCAAGCCAUAGUUGAGAGACUGAAUGCUGCUGAUCGGCUUGAAAAGUGCAUAUUGUUGUACGCUGACGCGCGGAGUUUGAAUGCUAGAAGAAGCUUGCAGGCUCUUGAUCUCGACUACCUUGAGAUAGAAGUCUCAGAGUUUGAUGAUUUGCAAAGCAUCGACUCUGACCAAUGGAGCGAGCAUUUGGAGUUGGUUGUGAAGCAUUUUCUCGAGCUCGAGUACAAACUCUGCAACAAUGUCUUUGAGAAGACAGGAUUGGACGCUUGGAAGCGCUGCAUUGCAAGAUUCACUAAAGAGUUUCGACUUGUUUCUUUCCUCCAAUUUGGCAGGAGUGUCACCAAGAUCAAGAAGGGCCCCUUAAAGCUGUUAAAGCUCUUAGAUAUAUUCACGGUUCUGGAAAAUCUAAGGUUGAAUUUUAACCGGCUUUUUGGCGGGGAGGCCUGCGCUGAAAUCCAAAACCUCACAAGGGAUUUAAUCAAGAGAGUUGUCAAUGGUGCUUGUGAGAUUUUCUGGGAACUUCCUAAUCAAGUGGAGUUGCAAAGGUGGUUUUCUCCUCCUUCGGAUGGUAGCAUUCCUGGGCUAGUAACCUUUAUAACUAGUUACUGCAAUCAACUGCUAGGAGAUAAUUACAGGGCAAUCUUGAUCCAGGUCUUGCAGAUCCAUCAAAGCUGGAAAACCGAUAUACAUGAUGAUGAUGAUGAUCUUCUUUCGAAGCAAAUUUUUAGCAUGAUGGAGGAAAUCGGGCUAAAUUUGGAUGCGUGGUCAAAGACCUACGAAGACAUCUCCCUCUCCUACUUUUUCAUGAUGAACAAUCACUGCCAUUUCAGCCAAUUGAAGGGCACAAAGCUUGGGGACUUGAUGGGAAAUUCGUGGUUAGGAGCACAUGAGCAAUACAAGGACUACUAUGCAACUCUCUACUUGAGAGAGAGUUGGGGAAAGCUUCUGAUUCUUCUAACCCAAAAGUGUUGGAUUUCGCCUCCUGUUGGGGGAGCAAUGGAUUAUCACCAGGGCAACGACAAUAAGAAAAGGCUCAAGGCAUUCAACGAGGCUUUCGACGAAGGGUACAAGAAACACUCGAAUUGGGUCAUUUCAGACGAUUGCUUGAGGCAGAAGGUAUGCCAACUUUUGGUGCAGGCAGUUGUACCUGUUUAUAGCAGUUACAUGCAGGAGUAUGGAAUUUUGGUGCAACAAGAUGCAAGUGCUAGAAAGUAUGUGAAGUACACUACACAAAGCUUGGAGAAGAUGUUGAGUUCACUUUUUCAGCCCCAGGUUAGCAAGCAUUGCAGCACCAAACAUACUCGCUUUAUCGGUAGGCUGAAAAACGUAGUGACCAAUCAGUUUCGUGUUACGCUUACAGCAGUGUGAGUUCAUAGGGUAAUGCUAGGGAACUACAUUUUACAGUUAUAGAUUUCUAUUAGUAAUUUCUUUGUACAGAUGUACACAUACUAAUUAAGAUGUAUUGAUUUAAAUUACUAAUCUUGGAUUGCCUAUUAACUUCUUCAUUCUCA